AAAUCUUCGAAUUCAAUUGAAAAUUGAAACCCUACGCGACCGUUGCUCUCUCUCUCUCCUCCACUCAGCUCUGUCAUUUCUUCUUCUUCUUCUUCGUCAAAAUCUUGAAAUUUCCCUCGAAAUUCACGUCCUUGUUCUCUCUUUGAAGCCAUGGAUGAUGCAGCGGUGGAAGUCGUGCCGGAAUUACGUACUCCGGUUGUUCCUAGUUGUGAUUCGAGGCCGUUGCCUUCAAUUUCCGGUUCUGAUAUUGCUUUGGGAAAAUCUUUAGAAUUUGCUGAUAAGAAUAUGGAGAGCGAAUUGUCCAAUGACGCCCAAUUAGCAUCACCAGAUGGAGCACAUACACUUCCAAUUCUGCAAAAGGUCAUCCACUUGGGCAAAAAUGUAGAGAAUUUGAAGAACGAGCAUAUGCUCCUAACAAAGCAAGUCAAACUGAACAUAAACUCAGAUUCUUUUCCAGGCCAUGAAGUUGUGAAAUCCCUUCAACUCCUCGGUAUUGAACAUGAACUUUUGAAGAAGAAAUACCUUGAAGAGUCCUCUGAGCGAAAGCGACUUUACAAUGAAGUGAUUGAACUCAAAGGGAAUAUUAGAGUUUUCUGCAGAUGUAGACCAUUAAAUGAAAGCGAAAUGACAAAUGGGUCUACCUCUGUGAUUGAAUUUGAUUCAUCUCAGGAAAAUGAGAUUCAAGUUCUUUCUUCUGAUUCUUCAAAGAAACAAUUUAAAUUUGAUCACGUGUUUAAGACUGAGGACAACCAAGAAACUGUUUUCGGUCAAGCUAAGCCUAUUGUAGCUUCAGUGAUGGAUGGGUAUAAUGUCUGCAUAUUUGCUUACGGGCAAACUGGGACGGGGAAGACAUUUACCAUGGAGGGAACACCCGAAAACAGAGGAGUCAACUACCGGACUUUGAAAGAGCUGUUUAAGAUUUCUGAAGAGAGAGAUGGUGUUAUGAAAUAUGAAUUGUACGUCAGCAUGUUGGAGGUUUACAAUGAGAAAAUAAGGGAUCUCUUGGCAGACAACUCCAACCCACAUCUGAAGAAGUUGGAGAUUAAGCAAGCAGCAGAAGGAACACAAGAAGUCCCCGGAUUGGUUGAAGCUCAAGUUUGUGGAACUGAAGAAGUGUGGGAGCUAGUUAAGUCAGGAAGCCGAGCAAGAUCUGUUGGAUCCACCAGUGCUAAUGAGCUAAGCAGCCGCUCCCACUGCUUGUUGCGAGUCACUGUCAAGGGAGAGAAUCUUAUGAAUGGACAGAGGACAAAGAGUCAUCUUUGGCUGGUAGAUUUGGCAGGUAGUGAACGCGUGGGGAGGAUUGAUGUUGAAGGUGAAAGAUUAAAGGAAUCUCAAUUCAUUAAUAAAUCACUUUCCGCUCUUGGUGAUGUCAUCUCUGCCCUGGCUUCCAAAACAGCCCACGUUCCUUACAGGAACUCAAAACUAACCCAUUUGCUACAAAGCUCUCUAGGGGGAGAUUGCAAAACCCUGAUGUUUGUACAGAUUAGUCCAAGUGCAGCUGAUGUUGGAGAGACACUCUGCUCAUUGAAUUUUGCUAGCCGCGUUAGAGGGAUCGAGAAUGCCCCUGCUCGCAAACAGUCGGAUCUCACAGACCUGUUUAAGUUCAAGCAAAUGGCAGAAAAGUCCAAGCAUGACGAAAAGGAAAUGAAGAAAUUACAAGACAAUGUGCAAUCGUUGCAGUUAAGACUCACUGCUAGGGAACAUAUUUGCAGGAAUCUUCAAGAAAAGGUUCGAGAUCUCGAGAAUCAACUAGCGGAUGAAAGGAAAGCCAGACUAAAACAGGAAAGUAGAGCUCUUGCAACCGUUUCUUCUGCCUCUCAGUCCUCAGCAAUGCCAUCUUUUUCAAAACUGGCAGCUCCAAGAAAUGUAGCAGAAAAGAAGCCACCAUUAGGUCCUUCAAAAGUAAGGCUACCCCUAAGAAAGAUAACGAAUUUCGUGCCACCACCGUCCCCCGUGCCAUCCAAGAAAAGGCGUGUCUCUUCAUUCACUUACCCAGCUCCUCCAACAGAAGGCAAAGAAAAUGGCCCUAAAAUGAUGACAACUGCAGCAGCAAACACAAGAAGCCUUCUAAUACCAAGACGGAGUUCGAUAGCUGUAAGGCCAACCCCAACAACAAUGACAACAGUGACACAAGUUUUUCAGCCCAAGAGACGGGUCUCCAUUGCAACACUUCGUCCGGAGUACUCCCACGUGACAACACCACUCCGCACCUCUUCUGCCUUCAAUGGAAGUGGUGCAGCAAUGGGGCCACAAUUAUUUGCUGCAAGGGAUACUAGAAAAGCAAGAUACUCAAAGUUGUUCUCUCCAUUACCAGAGUUUCAAACAGCAGCAGUAGAGGCAACACCAAUGGCUGCCAUGAGAAGCAGUAGCAAGUUCAUGGGGAGCCCUCCAACUCAAGGUGGUUCAAGAAAUGGCAAAGUUAUUGCCUUACAAAGAAAACCAGUAGUAUGGAGUCCUCUCAAGUUGAGAGGGCUGAAAAACUUCAGGAGGCCAUCUUUGAUACCGUCUCGACCUUCCACCGACUUCCAUUGAAGACGAUACCAUCUUCAAUUUGUACUUCUCUAACCUCAUUCUCUCUGACAAACAACCAUUUCACAAGAAAGCCAUUGGUGUGGAGUCCUCUCAAGAUGUGUGCUGGAAACUUGCACGAGGUCGUCUUUAAUACCGUAUCAAUCUUCCAUUGGGUUACAAUGACAACGUCGUCUUCACCCUAUUCCCUCUCUACACCAUCUAAUCUGUGUAUUUUUCUUUUGAUUCUCGUAAUAAUUCUUUCUGUUGGAUGUUACAGCUAAAAUGUAUGCUUCUGGCUUACCAAAUGUGAGGUCUUAAAAACAAAUCAGUCAAAUCUAGAUUUUACUCUUAUUCUUGUGAGUUUGGAAAUGAGAAUU